AUGGUUCUUGACCAAGUCCAAGAAGACCUCCAGAAAAACCCAGAGCUGCGGAAGGCAAUGGAAGAGCUGCGGGCUUCAGCACUUUCGAAGCAAACGCAGACUGUGGGGUCUCGGCUGCAGGAAGCUGCUGCUGCUGCUGCAGCAGCAGCAACAGCAGCAGCAAGCGGCACGCAGCAGCACACCGGCCGCGCGCUGCAGCACCUGCGGCGGCUGCGCCUGCAGCUGCUGGAGAAGCAGCAGCAGCUCAAAGACAAAGCAAUGGAGAAGGAGACUUUUCGAGCCAUAGGCCGGCACAGCAGCAGGGCUUUUCGCGGUGCUGCUGCUGCUGCUGCUGCGCUGCAGCAGCUAGCAGCAAAAGCAGCAAAUGUCUUCAGAGACGAACCUGUUGCUGUGCAAAAGGCAGCACAGUGGAGGCAGCGCAUGGCCGUCAAGCGCUACAAGCAGCAGCUGCAGCAGCAGCAGCAGCAGGAAGCGGCACAACAGCAGCAAGACGCGGCUGACCCCCAGCAACAGCAGCCACAGCAGCAGCAGCAGCAGCAGCAGCAGCAUGAUGCUGGGGACGAAGAGCCACAGCAAACAGCCCUCGUCCUCUCCAACGAAACCGCCUGGGAUCGAUUUGGAUCCCGCCUCCGGGACAUGCCUUUUCUGCAAAACUUCUUUGAGAAUCCCCUCGUGGGGCAGCUUUUUAAGGAGACAGAAAUAGCAGCAUCAAUAAGGGAAAUGAAGGCCCUGGACCCCACGUUCAGGCUAUCUGAGCUGCACGAGCUGCUGCAGAGCGUGGUGGCUGAGCACAUCAUUAGCGCCUACUUGCUGGGGGACGAGGAGACACUUCGUUUGCACUGCGGAGAUGGGGCCUUUGCUGCUUUAAAAGCUUCCAUUGACGAACGCAGGCGGCUGCAGCUGGAGCUGGACCCUUCCAUUUUGCUGCUGGGGCAGGUAGAGCUCGUUG